AUGGGUGCUGCACCUCCUGUGCAGCGCGAGCCUCUUCUUUUUAAUACCCACUAUCGACGUGCAGAAGAACAGUUGGCUUUUCACGAAAAGUACCACGAUCGCAUGGCCCGACUUACUGGUGCUGAUCCGGGUUAUGGGAAUACUAAUAAUAAUCUUGCUGCUGAUUAUGAUGAUAUUAGUAGAAAAUAUCAAAAUGGAGAGGGUAUGAAUUAUAACAAUCCAACCCCUGACUAUUGGGCCGAUUAUGCAAGAAAACUUGAACAAAUGGGAGUUUCACGAACAGAAAAUCUCUCACCUCGCACGGCUAGUACUACUGCCCCUACACCUCCUCCACAAGGAGUUUAUCUUCAUUCUCCACGUGAGUUACGUGAUCCAUCAAAGCGGUGGGAAUCAUAUUCGAAUAGAGAAAGUCCUGCAAGAGUCUCAGAAAAAGGAGUUUUGCAGCGUUUAGAUUUAUUGGCACAAGACAAGAGUGAACCGGAUACUAGUGAUGUUAUAGAUCUUUUACGAGAAGUGGAAGAUGUCUUAGUCCGAGAAGAAGCCCAAAGGCAGGAGAGAAGAGAUAUCUCUAUACAUUCUUCGUCAAGAGUUGGUUUACCGUCUAGACCACUGAAGACACCACCUAUGUAUGACCCCGGAAGACCAAUGGGUGUACCUGCUGCUCCUGCAAUAGAUGUAAACUUCACUAAUCAUUUACGUAGUGCUACAUUUAUGCAAGAACAAGAACAACAAAGGCAACCACCACCAGCAACAACACCAACUGCUGCUCCAUCAUUUCAUUAUGGAGCAAAAUGUACUCCACCAAUGAGACCACCAUCAGUAGGUGAAGAUUGGAGUCGAAUGUCAAAUUAUCGUCAGAUGGAGUGGUACAAGGCUUAUUAUGCAUGGAUGAUGUAUUAUGCGCAAUAUUAUGGAGCUAUUCUUGCUUCUCAACAGUUACAAAAAGAAAAACAAGGGAAAGACCAUAAACAAACAAAAGAAGAAGGAAAUGAAACAAAUAAAAAAGUUCAUGGUAAAAAACGCCCUGGUCUACGAGAGCUUAACAAGGAAUACAGAGAACUUGCUGCAGAGGUAGAACGCUUAAAUGAGGAACCUAAACUUCAAAAGAGUACAAAAAUGAAAACAUCUAACCGAUUAACUCAGCAAGCAGAAAAGAGUGGUCGAACACAACGACGUUCGUCUUCUUCGCAUAAUGCAGAAGAUGACACAUUAUAUCGUUCAGCACAUAGUCAUUCAUCCUUAAGAGGUGUUCCUUUAACUCCUUCCUUUUCUAGAGUUCCAUUGCGCUCAAAGGCGCUUGUACCUAGGGAAUAUUUAAAGGAAGAGGAUGAAAUAAAGUAUGGGGUCUCUAAAAUGAAUGAGUAUGAGAAAAAUAGUGGUACAGCUGAGCGACGUGCUGAAUUUCCGUGGCUUCCUCCAGAGAGAAAUUAUACUGAAGAUGAACAUCAAGGUAAUAAACGUGAUGUAUCUUGGCUUUACAAAUAUGAAGAAAGUGAUACGGAAGCGACGUCAAAUACUGACUCUGGAGAUGUGGAUGGAUUAAAUCGUCUUGAUAAAGAUAAUGAUUACAUUAGAAGAAACAAAAUGGGAUCCAAGUACUUUCACCAAGAAGAAAAAAAAGAAGAAGAAAAGAUUCUUCCCAAAACACGUACGUAUCAUAAUACAGUGAAACAACCAGAACAUGAAGGGAAGCGAUUGUCUGUCUACGAACGGAAACGACAGGAGUUGGAGCAGAGUAAACCACGUUGGUGUUUCUAA